AUGUUGACCAUUACCGCGUCGAAUAGGGAUGGCCUUGAAAUACUUUUCUGUUUCGACGAAGACUGGGCUGGUAUUGAUGCACUGGCAUGGGGAAACUUGCCCUCACGAGCCGUGGGAGAAGAACCAGCGGAUGUGAUAAAAAAUCUCAAGAACAGAUUCGAGGGCCUGGACAUUCAGGAGCCCUCCGAAUUGUUUCUUCAGGCUCCCAAUGUUACACCGACAACGAGCACGGAGGCCAAGUCUGAAGUCAAUCACGAAGCUGAGCGCCUACAAGUCUUCGAAGAGGCGUACCUGGGCUCCAACCUCCUGCUUCAAGAUUUUCGCAAUCUUCUAACGGUCAUCCUACGGACCUGGAUGGGAGACAAAUAUGGUAUGUUUGACAUGGUGGCUGCUUCUCUUGUAACGAACACUGCGAUUGAAAUUUGCCAGGCGAAUGCAGGGGGAAGUACAGAAGCUCUUCGACAACUUGACAAGUACGGGAGGUCCCAGUAG